ACAAAACAACUCUUACUUUGCUUGCUCACCUGUAGCGCUAUAAGCUUACUGUCCAGCUACACGUAAAGCACCAACGUUACUGAAGGAAUCAGGCUACACACCCUUUGGUAGGAACCAGUUGGGCAUUGAUAACAUUAAUUGACUGGCUGGCGAGGAUUGGUAGUGGGCAAAUCCCGACAGGGGCGGGGCAAAUUCCCCGCUUGACACCACUCCGUGCAGGUAUACUUUGUAUCUGAUGAAGCUGCCCUAUUGACUUUAAAGUUAAACGGGGGUCUGUUUGAGGUGUGGAUUGAGACCAAACAUGUCCCGAAUACCCAGGAUUUGCGACUAAAUGGAAGGAAAUCCCUCUGCCGUCGGAAAAUAUGGAUAACUCUGCUGACUUUUGGAAAAGUAUUUUGUGGUGGUGGAGGGGGUUUCCUCUGCUAUUAUUCGUUGUCAGUCAAACAAUCGCAGCCUCAUUCUACGGGGAUGGCUUUGUGUUGCUGAAGGCUGUAGAGUCGUCCGUCCGGACCUCGCUCCACGUCCGCUUCCGGACCGCCCACAGCAGCGGGGUGCUCUUCCUGGCCGCCGGGGACACGGACUUCUGUCUGGUGGAACUUCAUUCAGGACGCAUUCAGGUGUCGAUGGAUCUCGGGUCUGGCGUCCGCAGUCUUCGCUCAGAGAAAGGUGUCCAGCUGAAUGACCUGGUUUGGCACACCAUGGAGCUCCGACAGGACCAGCGCAACGUCACGCUGACCGUAGACAAACAUUCCCACACCAGCCUGAGGAUGCUCGGACCGGACCUGGAGCUCAGUAUCCAGGACGGCUUGUUCGUGGGUGGGCUGGGAGGCCUGGAGAGGCCCUACCUCUCGACAGAAAGGAUGCCCGUUGGCUUUAGAGGCUGCUUGGACGAAGUGCUGUUCAACCAGCACAACCUGCUCUCCUCCCUCAGGCCGUACUCAGGCUAUAAAACAGUUCACGAGGUGUCGCUCGGGUGCAGCCCAGAGUUUUCCGCCAGCGCGGACGACUCCAUAAACUUCUUCAGCUCCAGGGCCUACAUGUCCCUCCCGACGUGGGACAUGGCCCAGGAGGGGGUUUUUGAGUGCCAGCUUCACCGGUCGGCCAAAGACGGGAUUAUCCUCUACAGUUCUGCCAGUGAAGGGCACUAUAUUGCCAUUGAACUGCAAGAUGACCAUGUGGUGGCUGUGAUCGGGGCAGCGACCAUGAAGACUAAGCUUCGUUCCCCAUUGCCAGUUAGUGAGCACGACUGGCAUCAGGUGAAGCUACACCUGUCCACACUGACUGUCCAUUUGUGUGUGGGCGCAGACAUGCAGAACUCUAGUUUGGGUCUGCACACCAAUGCCCUCCAACUCAGUGGGCCUCUUUUCAUUGGUGGCCUUGAUGGUAAUACCCGUGUUCAGGCCAGAAAGAAGGGUCUGCGGUCUCUUGCAGACAAACAGAUAGGAGGAGGGUCACUCAGAGGAUGUCUGAAACACAUCCGAGUCAACGCGCAAAAGAUGGGCUUGCCAAAUGCCAUGGUGACAAAAGAUGCUUCUGUUGGCUGUGAGACUGAAACCUUUGACUCAAUCACGACACCCAGCCCAAUCCCUGCCCCUGGGAAUGGGUCAGUGGGUGUAUCCGGAGCGGACUGCAAGAGAGGACAAAGCUUUCUGGUCCUCGAAAACCUGAUCGUCCCAGAGGGGGGUCGGGCUCCCUUGGGAUUUCAACACGUCAAGAUGAACGUGGAAAUACGAAGCUUAGGGAUCAGUCAGUCCCAGAUCAUGUUCCGCAUUGCGGAGCAGCCAGUUCAUGGCCAGCUAAGGCUGGACGUGGAUCCAGAGCAGGAGGAGCAUACCUUCAGCCUCCUGGACCUUUGGCACGGUCGGGUUAUGUACGUCCAUGGGGGCUCGGAGGACCAGGUGGAUUUCUUCAUAUUUUCAGUGUUCAGCAGCAGCAAGAGACAGUUACCGGCCUGCAUUAGGGGGAACAAGCUCCACAGGUUCAACAUCAGCAUCACACCCAGCAACGACGCUCCUGAGCUCAGCUUUCCAGAGGGAAGCCUCUUUGUCCUGCUGGAACAGUCCAAACGCCGACUUACCACUGACAUGUUAAGGGUUAUAGACCCAGACAGCAACUCCACGGACCUGAUAUUUACAGUGCUUGGUAAUCUAAAUACAGACGCUGGCUUCCUAGAGAUCGAGGAUGACCCUGGCCAGGCAAUCAAGAACUUUUCGUACCUAAAUCUGGAGCAGGGAAAGGUUUAUUACGUCCACACAGGCAUUAUUACGAACUCUCGAAUGGCCCUGAGGGUGAGCGAUGGAGACAAGGUCAGUAACACGGCGGUGCUCAGGCUGAUGGCGGUGCCGCUGGAGUACAAGGUCGUGAAUAACACGGGAGCGGAGGUGACCCAGGGCGGAUGGGCCCUCCUGAGCUCCACCCACCUGGCGGUGCAGGUGAACGUGGCUCAGCAGGUGGUGGAGCUGCGCUACGACGUGGCAGAGCCCCCUCAGUACGGAGAACUCCAGAGGCUGCACUCGAGCGGAGAGUGGAAAAACACGUGGAUCUUCUCGCAGAAGCUUCUGGAAAAGGACCGGAUCAGGUACCUGAGCACGUACCUGGGCUCCCAUCCAGGGAAUGUGACCGACAGCUUUAGGUUCAGGGUCACCAUCGGCUCCACAACUACGGAGGAAAUGUUGUUCCCUAUCGUAGUGCAAGGGAUUCACUAUAAAGUCAUCAAGAGCAAAAUGGAGGUUGAUACAGAGCGCAGGGUGACGCUAACCCCUCAAGACCUACGGGCUGUCUCCAAGGGUAUGAAAAUCUUAGAGAGCGACCUUUACUUUUUAUUGCUGUCAUUACCAAAGAAAGGAGACUUACUACUUGACGAUAAGGUGUUAAGGAUUAACUCCACUUUCAGCCAAAAAACAUUUCUGAUCUGAAACUGCAUUAUGAGAUGGAGACCGUUUCAUC